AUGCUAUAUUUAUAUUUACUCAUUGUUAUUGCUAAGUGUUAAAUAAAUUUAGUUUGGUAGAUAUAUAAUCCAGAUAGUGGAUCAACAUCAUAAGAUUAAUCAAUAACUUUUGGAUAAUACAAUAAAGAAAUAAGAAUUUGGCCUUCAGAUGGUAGUGUAUUUAAGAGUGAAUUUUAAUUAUCUGGUAAUUUGCCUAUGAGUCCUCAAUUCCCAAUUGCAAGAAUAAAUAGUAAAUAUAUUAGCUUUUAUGUUGGAAUAACUGAAAAUAGUGGAACUACUCUAAGUUUAUCUAAAACAAAAAAUACAUAAUAUUAGUUCUCUUAGAAUGUAAUUUCAUUUUCACCAUCUAAUAAACAAUGUGUAAUAACUCCAUCUACUGAUUUUAAUACAAUUCCAGUCGGAGGGAAAAGAUAAAUAACUUUAGAUUUCAUUAGUUGUAUACCAAUUAUAGGUUUAUAGAUUAAAAUGUUUUAUGAAACAAUUAGUAAGACAAUUAUUCAAAAAAAUAGAGAAAGAUUUGCUUUUAUAGAAGUAUCUGCUUUAAAUGCAGCUGUAGACACUUCUAUUUCUAUAUCAUUUUAAGUGAACUCAACUUAUUAUUUAAUUAGUACAAUAACAUUAAAGGUGGUUGCGAAUUAAUAAUCUAUUCCUAUUUCUACAAUAGUCAAUAAGAAUAGUGGGACUUGUAUUGGAGCAUAAGGAGUAUUUACAUUUAAUUGUGGAAAAAAAUCAAUGCUUUAUUAUAGUUAUACAUAUUAAAAUUAAGCAUUAGAUAUUACUAAAAUAAAAGAAUAAUUGUUAUUAAGUAAAUAAGGAAAGCAAUAUACAAAUGUUAAUACAUAUGAAGGAUAUGGAUCAAUUUAAAUGGCAGAUAAUUCAAAUAAAGAUAUAACUCUAAUUGGAUUAAGGAGCAAUACAAUUUAUAAUAUAAUGGCUAUAUGUGAAGAUGAAAUAUAUUAAUAAUAAUAAUCAGCAAUAUCAUUUAUUAGAUGUGAUAGUUAAUAAACUGUAAAGAAGAUAUAAAUAUAAUCAUAUCAACAAUUUCAGACAAUCAAUUUGAGAGAUAUUGCUUGUGAUCUUAUGAUCUAAUUAUCUUUAAAAUAGAAUUAAGUCAGUAGUGCAGAUGGGAUAUUUUGUAAUAAGAUUGCAUAAUCUAAGAUCAAUGGAAAUAAAUAAUAUUAUAUUCCCUAAGUUAGUUAAACACAAUUAUAUACUUAUAUAUUCUUUAUAUAUCCAGACUAUUCAACUACAUAUGAUUAUAAUGUUAACAGUGUCUCUAUUUCUCAAUAUGAUAUUUCAAAAUAAUCUAUAGAAAAAAUCAUUCCAAAAAUUCCAACUGUUAAUUAAGAAUUCUUUAUUGCAGAUGAAAAUUUAUUAAAUUUUACAAUCACACUUAAAACAGAUGGAUUCAUUUCAAUUGGAUUAGAUUUAUUGUAAAAUACACUUCCUGAUUUAUACUAAUUUUCUAAUGGAUUAAAUUAUCUAAAUAAUCCAUUUAUCAAAUUUUAUUAGAAAUAUCUAAUAGCAAAAUAAUAAUAUUGGUUUUAGUUUAAAUUAAGUGAUAAAAAUGAUUAUUAGUUAAUAUAUUAACUUGCAGCAGUACCCUCAGAUGGAGCUUAAUAUUCUCCUUUAAAAGUAAGAAAAUUUACAUUAUUGUAAAUGCAAGAAAUUUACAACAUUAUUAUUUGUUUGAGUUUUAUAAUGUUUUUUAAUCUAUGA